AUGGAGACAAGGGAUAGUAUGUUACAACAUGUUGAUUUUCAUAUAAGGGAUGGAAGAUCAGUUUCUCUUCAAGAUCCUUGGUGUGAUGGUUUGACAAUGGCAAAUAAAUUUAGACAUAGGAUUUUUAGAUCUGUAAAUCUUCCUAGAAAUGCUAAUUUAGAUAUUCUAAUGGUGAAUGGUAGCUGGGAUUUAAAUCUCCUACAGGGACAAGAAUUACAGCAGCUGAGGGAAUAUCUUGUGUUGCGACCUAUUCACACUUCGGCUGACAAGCUUCUGUGGAAUAAUGGUAAGUUCUCAUAUAAGGAAGCUUGGAAAAUUUGUAGAUUUCAGGCAGAGGAAGUCAGCUGGUAUAAGUUUUGUUGGGGCAAAGCGAGACCUAGAUGGUCUGUAACUACAGUUUUUGUGAUGUUAAACAAAAUUCCUUUUAUAGUGAAUCUCCAAAGAAGGAAGUUAUGUUUGGUGUCUAGAUGCUCAUUGUGUCAGAGUGCUAUUGAUACAACAGACCAUAUAUUUAUUUCUUAUAGAUUUUCUAAAGAUUUUUGGAGCUGGCUGGGAGAGAUUCUGAAGUGGAAUAUGCAUCAGUUUGCUGAAGUCGUGUCUUUAGCUGAUCUGUUCAACUGGUUUCAGGUUGUUGCAACUGUGGGAUUUCAUAAAACAUUGUUUCCUGCUAUGCUUUGGGGAAUUUGGAAAGAGAGAAAUGCUAGAUUGUAUGGUACUGCUACUGCUCCAGUGAUUGUGGCAAUGUUAGAGGUGUUGGAUAUUCAUAGUAUCCUUCUCUCUGACCUACUUGUUUGA